AUGUCGAUACCCGACAAUCCUUUCCAAGCUCCCACGACACCCCAAGCACCAGUGCUUCAGAUCGAGACCGAUGAUACCUCCCAUUCGCCCACGAGCAACCCCAAUGGCCUCGCUUCUCCCUAUUCUCACACCAGUUCCCCCGGUCAGCUAGAUUCUUCCCCUCAAUCGGCCACCGUCUCUCCUCCUGCAGGUCCUUCUCAGGCCACAACGGGCGGUCUUGCCCCUCCUGAAAUGGGUACAAAGACACCAAAACGUCGUGUACAAUGGACCUCGGACUCACACAUUGUUCAGCUUCAUCCCUUGCAACCUGUCCCGUCGUCGCCCCAUCAGUUGGAUGAAGGAAAUAUCGAACAAUUCCGAGACGCCUUGGAAGCACAUCGUACCGGCUCGAUCAGAAGACAUAGACCACCAAGUUCACUUAGUAGGCAAAGUAGUCUGGAUGGGAGCGAAACCAGACAGGGAACUGAAGAUGAAGAUUACGAUUAUCGAUUGGAUGUCGAUCCUCCUUUAGAUCGAGUUACAAGUCAAGGUUCCAACCCUGAGGAGUUUAUAGACAAUGGUAUGAGAGAACAUGUACCUACCUAUAUCGAUCCUGGAGAGAGAGACGGUUUACCGAACAUCCCCCAGAUGCCAGACCAAGAUGAGAACCAACGGGAUGCUGCUAAAGAUCUUGUCCGAGCUCAUACGGGUAAAUGGGGUGUGCUUAGAAGAAGGGUCAAAACAUCCGGUAAUGUCAAUAGGGCUUUUGGAAGUGGUCGAUCGCACGGUAUCACCACUGCUACACAGGAUCCAGAGAAACCCCAAGAAAAUGAAAGAGCUUCUCAAGAUGCUUUCGCAGCUAGAUAUCCCGAACCUCGUCGACCAUCUCUUGCUGCUUUAACCCAUGGUGGAGGAGGAGGUGGUGGUCCAGGUAUGCCGGGAGGCGCAUCGAUUUUAUCUUCCCUUCUUGCUUUGUACGGUCAACAAGAUGGUAUGCACUCUGGUACCACUUCCGCGGCAUCUUCAAGACCCAACUCCGAUGACGAAGAUUCGUCUGAAGAUGAGGCAGCUAGAAAAAGACGUUCUGGAGAAGGUUCUCAUAAAGGCAUGAAAGGUCUGAUGGGUUUCGGAGGAAAGAAAUCAACUUCAAGCUCCAAUUCCAAUGGUACUCCUGCUGGAGAUGUAGUCAUUCACGACGCGCCUCACCGAGCGUCUGUCACGGAUGAGACGGCAGGUGAACCACUCGCUCCUCAACCUUCUCGAUAUUCCAACGGCGAACGACCACCUCCUUCACCCGGCUUGACGGGAUUUUUCCAACGUGCCAAAGAGCAAAUCCAAUAUCAUCGACCAGACGCAGCCAAGUCCGGCGCAGGAGUGUUCGGUGCACUCAUCCAAAAUACUGCGAACCUCUCUGGAGCAGCAACGCCAGCUGCUUCUGCCCUUGCGCCCGCAGCCAAACGACCGGGAUAUCAGCUCAAUCGUUAUUCCGCACCGAACUUGAACCCAGAAGAAAAAGUUACAAAUUGGAGACCGCCUUCGCGGCCUUCUUCCAGAGCUGGAUCUAGACCUACCUCCGUCCAUUCUUCAACGGCGGUAUCGAGAGAUGGUGAAUCCCCUUCGCAAGAUGAUCUGUCAUUUAAGAAAAAAGCUAUAUCAAGUGAUGAUUUAGUUUCCAUGAGAAGAUCAGAAAAUGAUGAUUCCUCGUUGACUUUGAGUUCGAAAUAUCAACAACCCGGACAACCCCAAAGUGGAAAGAAGAAACCUAAGGCACCUUUGAAGUUGGAUUCGUUAGCUGCUUUACCUGUUAAUGCAUUUAAGGAAGGUGGUAAACAGAUUAAAUCGGCCGAGAAAUGGUUAUUGAAUGCUGCUAAGACUCCUCUCGGCACUCCACCUGAAAAGGGCGGUCCCGAUUACUUCUCUAGACCCCUCACGGAAGAUGAGAGAAGAAGGAAAGAAUGGGAGGCGGAGAAGAAGAGAAGAAAGAAGGCUAGAGAAGCGAGAAAGAAGCAGGAGAUUUUCAUCAUUCAACAUGUCGCUGCUAUUUUGGCGAGACAACAGUUCUUGAUGAAACUUGCUAGAGCAUUGAUGAUGUUCGGAUCCCCUUCUCACCGACUCGAAACCCAAAUCCAAGCUACUGCCAAAGUUCUCGAGAUCAACGCUCAGGUAGUCUACAUGCCUGGAACAAUGUUGAUUUCCUUCGGUGACGAUGCUACCCAUACGUCCGAGACCAAAUUCUUGAAGCAAGCUACCGGUUUAGAUCUCGGUAAAUUACUUGCAACUCAUCACCUUUAUUGGAAUGUCGUACAUGAUAAGAUGUCUGUUGAACAAGCGUCAAAGGAUUUAGACGUACUCAUGACUACACCGGUUUACUAUAAUUGGUGGCAAACUUUGAUCAUCGGUGCAAUGUGUUCGGCUUUUAUCACUGUUAUUGGUUUCUAUGGCUCUUUCGUCGAUGCUAUCAUGGCUAUGCCCCUGGGAGCUUUACUCGUCGGUGUUCAGAUGUUGGCUGCCCGAAACGACAUGUUCUCAAACGUAUUCGAAAUUGCCAUCGCGACUGUCAUCUCUUUCGUCUCUGCUGCUCUCGGAUCCACUGGGGUGUUUUGCUAUACCGCGUUGGUCUCCGGUGGUGUAGUGUUGAUUUUACCUGGUUAUAUCGUACUCUGUGGUGCUUUGGAACUGGCUUCGAGGAAUAUCACUGCCGGUGCGGUCAGAAUCGGUUAUAGUGUUAUUUACUCCCUAUUUUUGGGUUUCGGUAUUUCGAUCGGAGCGGUCCUUUAUGAGAAGAUUACCGGUAAUGAUGUACUCAAUGCAAGUGAUUAUACCUGCUCUAACACGCAUGGUGGUGCGCCUUGGUAUCAAGUCACUCCCUCUGCCUUAUGGUAUAUCUUAUGUUGUCCCGCGUACUCGUUUUUCCUUUCGUUGAGAAAUCAACAACCACUCUGGGCCAAAGAACUGCCAAUCAUGGUCUUAGUCGCCGUAGCAGGAUGGUCAAGUAAUCAUUUCUCAUCGUUGGCUUUCCCGGGUCGAUCCGAUAUGACCUCUGCCAUCGGAUCCUUCGUCGUUGGGACUCUAGGAAAUCUUUACGGUAGAAUAUCAAACGGGUCGAGUUUCCCAGUGACAGUCACUGGAAUAUUAUUCCAACUUCCCUCUGGUUUAUCCAAUGGAGGUAUCUUCAACUUCGCAGCUGAAUCUUCGGAUGGAUCGUCGACUGCCUAUAGCUCUGGAUUCAGUGUGGCUCAACAGUUGGUUAGUGUUGCUAUUGGAUUAACUGUCGGUCUGUUCGUUUCUGCUGCUGUAACUCAUCCUUUCGGAGGAGGUAGAAGGAGAGGUGCAGGUAUAUUCUCUUUCUAG